UGUUUAAGUGGACUUACACAGUAUUAUUGACUCAGUGUACUACACAGUAACAAGUGUUUAAGUGGACUAACACUCAGUGUACUACACAGUAACAAGUGUUUAAGUGGACUUAACACUCAGUUUACUACACAGUAACAAGUGUUUAAGUGGACUUAACAAUCAUAGUUAAGUUUUUAACUCUCAAAAUUAACAUUUUUAACCUUGUAGAGGAAUUUUUUGUGAGAAAUUAAACCAUCUCGAGGAAUUUUGGAAUGAAAAUAUUAAAGAAUGAACUACAUUUAUAAUACAGCUGUUGUUGUUGUUGUUGUUGUUUAAAACAAUAAUAAAACCCAACAACCAAUGUAAAAAAAAUGUAUAAUAUUGAAAAUUGAAGAAAUAUGGAAAUAUUUGAGCCUGAAAUUUUAUGACCAAAAUAUAUUUGUGUUUAACAAUAAUAACAAUAUUAACAUUAACAUGAUCCUGGAAUUAACUUCAACUUAUAAAAUAUUUAACUCAUGACUCAGAAAUACUUGAGAAUGAUGGCGUCACUGGUUAGUUGACUUCUAAAUGCUGGAGACUUCAGCUGACUUCUUGAAGUGAUAAUGUAAUUAAUUAACCAGUGGUGAUCAGCGGGUAUUAUAGAUAAUAACUUAUCCUAAUAUACAGUGAAAACACUGAAGGAUAACAGUGAUUUAUUUUGAUCGAAUAUUACCGAUCAAGUCAAAGAUAAAAUGACCAAAUUAGAUGUUGAUAAAAGAUCAAGAAAUGGUGUUUGAAAAAACUGUGUAAGAUAAGAUUAGUUAUUUCCACGAAACAUUACGAGAAAAAUGAAGAAUAAAGGUGCCCUUUUGAGGGAAAGUAAAACAAUGGUAAAAUGUCAAGUGUUUUCCUACCAAACUUCCAUAAAAAUGGAGACAAAAGUAUAGAAUAACAAUUAUUUUAGGAACAUCGAAGCAAAAGUUCGCUUCUUCCCAGCAUUUGUUGACAAUUUGGCGCCAAAGUUGUGAUGGCUGACACUAACUUGCCUCCGUUUCGCUGCAGAUGGCCACGUCUUCGCCUCAAGAUUUUCGCCAUAAUUUCUUUAGCAAUACCAGACAUCUACAGCGCCGGCUUACCAGCCUCCAGUACUCUUCUGGCACUCUCAGACGAUGCUGGUAUGGGUGUGGGUGUGGGCGUGGGCGUGGGCGUGGGUGACGAUGAUGACAACGUGGACGUGGACACUGCUUCUUGGAGUGACUACCUCAACACGCUGUUUGACCCCGUGUUUGACCCCAGCGUGACCUCUAACGUGUCAGCCGUGGAGGGUCAGACUGCCCACCUGGUCUGUCGGGUCAAUAACCUGGGCACCAAGACUGUGUCAUGGAUCAGACACAGGGACACACACAUCCUGACGGUUGGAUCGUUCACCUACACCAGUGAUCACAGGUUCUCUGCGCUACAUCGUGAAGGUACCAAUGAAUGGACGCUACAAAUACGACACCCCACCAUCCAUGACACUGGUCUCUACGAGUGUCAAGUGUCAACUAAGCCUAUACGAGCCUACCUCAUCAGUCUACAGGUAGUAGUUCCUGAGGCCAGGAUCGUACACGCCUCAGAGUUGUACAUGAACGAAGGAGGAGUACUGAACCUGACAUGUGUGGUGAGUCCAAGUCCAGCACCACCAGAGUACAUAUUCUGGUACCACAAGGAUCAGGUGAUCAACUACGAGAAUGACCUCAGCAUGGAGGUUAGUGUACGACAAGAAGAUGGCCGCACUGUGUCCACUCUUCUGGUGGCCAGGGCCACCUUGGACCAUUCUGGCCGUUACCAGUGUGCUCCCUCUAAUGCUGAGAGGGCCACUAUUGUGGUCCAUGUCUCAAAAGUGGUCUUGAGAGCUGACAGGUGUUAUGCUCCUCAAGGAAAGUUCCUCGACGCUAGUGAGGGGCUCAUGAUGUAG